AUGCGCUCCGCGACUUCUUCGCUCUCAACCUCGUCCUCCCCAGACGCGGCCGCGCGAGACCACGACUCCAGCGACUACGCCGACCCCGUGCGCGAGCUGGAGUUCGAAGGCAAACCUGGCGACCUCGAAAGCAGCGGAGCCGACCCGGACUUGGAUCUCGACCUGGUACGCACCGGCACCAACGCCACCGCUGAGACCGAGGCCCGCGUUAAUCGCCGUGUCAGCCGCAUUCUCACGGGCUCCCAACAGGACUACGAGAAAGACGGCAUCGACUACUCCAAAUGCCCGCCCAUGGGGGGCGAUCGUCCGUUCCCGCCCAGGCUGCCCGACCGUGAGCAGUUCGAGGUGGCCUUCGACGGGCCCAACGACCCGCUCCAUCCUUACAACUGGCCCACGCGUAAACGUGUCUUUUUGUGCGGUCUGCUGGGACUUAACGCGUUGGGCGUCAUCAUGGGCUCCGCCAUUUACGCGUCUGCCGUGGAACAGAUCUGCCAGGAGUAUCACGUGGCGCCCGUGGUCGCGAUCCUCGGGAUCACUCUGUACGUGUUCGGGUUUGCGGCUUCCCCCGUCGUUUACGCGCCGCUUUCGGAGCUUUACGGCCGCCAAAAGCCGCUGAUCCUGUCGUCGUUUGGGUUCGUGUGUUUCUCGUUUGCCACCGCUGUCUCGAAGGACCUGCAGUCGAUUCUGAUCACACGGUUCUUUGCCGGGUUUGUCGGGGCCGCGCCGCUCGCCAUUGUUCCCGCGUGUAUGUUCGACAUGUUCGACAACGAGACGCGUGGUAAAGCCGUGACGAUCUUCGUGAUGGGCGUGUUCAUGGGCCCCAUCUUGGCCCCCGUGUACGGCUCGUACAUCACCCAGUACACCACUUGGCGCUGGGUAGAGUACGUGGUCGGGAUCUACUCCGGAGUGAUCACGCUGAUUCUGGCGUUCACCUACGAAGAGACCCACCACCCCAUGAUCCUGGUCAACAAGGCCCGUCGCAUGCGUGAAAUGACCGGAAACUGGGGGAUCCGUGCCGCGCACGAGGAUGCACAGCUCUCGCUCAAGGAGAUCGCCCAGAAGACCAUCACCCGCCCCAUCUACAUGCUGUUCACCGAACCCAUCCUGUUCUGCAUCACAGUAUACCACUCCUUCGUGUACGGGAUCCUGUACCUGCUGCUCGAGGCGUACCCGAUCGUUUUCGAGGGCAAAUACGGGUUCCGUAAAAACGGAGAACUGCCGUACAUCGCGCUGCUCGUAGGAAUGGGUGUCAAUGCCCUGUACAACGUGUACGAGGAGAGGUUCUACGUGGCCAAAGUGCGUGCCAACGGCGGCAAGCCUCUGCCUGAGGCCCGGCUCCGCACCAUGCUCAUUGCAGGCAUCGUGUUCCCCAUCGGGAUCCUAUGGUUCUGCUGGUCCGGUAACUACCCAGACAAGGUCCAUUUCAUGGUCCCCACCGUGGCCGGUUCCUUCAUCGGGUUCGGGCUUAUCGGUAUCUUCCUGCCGUGCUUCAACUACAUCAUCGACUCCUACCUGUUUUUGGCCGCCUCCGCCAUUGCAGGCAACACUUUCAUGCGGUCCUCGUUCGGUGCCGCCUUCCCACUUUUCGCCAGCUUCAUGUUCAACAACAUGGGCGUCAACUGGGCCGGUCUGCUGCUGGGUCUGUUUGCGCUGUGUCUAGUGCCUGUGCCACUGCUGCUCCUCAAAUACGGCAAGCAGCUAAGACAGAAAUCCAAAUUCGCAUUUGUGCUAUGA